ACUCACAGCUCUUUUCCCAGAGUGGUGUGGAAAGAGAGAGCAGGCUCUUUGAUCAACCAAUCAGCAUCCAGAGAAGCCAAGGGACGACAUCACCAGCUCAAUCAGACAUGGCUCCGUGGGGUGACGCAAGACUCUUCCUCUGCAUCCUCUGCAUCACCUGCUGCUGCUCCGUGAUCGUGGCGCAGGUGCCCAUGGACUGCUGCUUGAGAGUCUUAAACAAGACAAUCGAAAGGCACAUUGUUGCGGACUACAAGCAGCAGAUCAGAGGAGAGGGCUGCGAUAUUGCUGCCACAGUGUUUGUGUCCAGACGUGGGAGGACCCUCUGUGUGCCUCCUAAUGAAGAGUGGGUCAAAGAUCUGAUGAAACAUGUGGAUGACCUGAAGGAAAAGUGCAAGAAACUCAAGUACAAGGGCCGACGCUGCGUGGGAGUGAAGCCCCAGUAAACCAAACUUGGACCCGUUCAUCCACAGCAACAGCCCAAAGUGUCGCAGAAGAACAUAUUUGCAUUAACACCACUAAAAUAAUAUAAGAAUAUAAAAACUGAUUGAUUCGUCCUGUUAAUAAUGAGCUUUUCCCGUUUUGUCUUCAUAUGUUCAUUUGAGUUGCAAAUAAAAUAAAAACACCUUGAAGGAGUUUUAUAUUUUUAUAGCGUUUGUGUUUUAGAAGUCUGAGGUUGGUGCACAAAAUCCAAAAUGUGAAUGUGAGUGUCUUGUUCAGUAAGACAACUCAAAAGGCUGCAGAACUUUAUUGGUUGUAUGGAUUUAUUUGAGUGUUGCUCCUUUGAAUUAAUAAAAUCUAUUUUUAUGCACAUUCUGA